GCCAAGCAAAGGCCCAGAUAUUGCCAAUGGGUGAGGUAUUCAGCUCGAGGUCCAUAGGCAAGAGCAUGAAGCUUCCCUGAGGUUUCCUGAGGUAGAAGCAGGGCGUGAACUGGGCUCCAGCCAAGGAGAAUCUCUCAUCGCCAAUGGAAACCCGCUCCCCUCGUCCCAAGACCGCCAUUUCCCACCUCCACGUGUCUGCAACAGGACGACAAAGUACCCAGUGAAUACAAUGGAGGCCUCUCUCUUCCACAGUUUCACUCCCCCUUGCCCCUCCUGAGCUUCCUGCCUGUUCUCCAGCUUGUGUGUGAAUAAGGUUCCAGCCACAAGCAGCUGCCCCGUCACUCCUACCCUCGUCAUCCUCCGUCCUGACGACAUUCAACAUCUAUAUAAAGCUUUCCCAUCCCCCACUCUCCCGCAGCCCUUCUUCUUCCCUCUGACCAAACUCAAUUCAUCUCAUAAAACAACCUUCACAAACAAAACAUCAGCCAAAAUGUCCAACUUCCACCACUCCGCCCAGGACACCCGCGUCGACGACGGCCACAUCCUCCGCGCCCGCCUCCAGAACGGCAACGGCGACUUCGUCGACGCCGAGUGCAACCUCAACGACUGCCUCGGCAACAACAACGGCCGUUUCGAUUGGGGUGGCCGCGGCUUCGCUGAUUCCGCUGAGGAUAUCCGCUUCGAGUUCGAGGGCGACCAGCCCAUCCUCCGCGCCCGCCUCUUCAACGUUGAGGGCCAGGCCAUUGACGCCGACGUUAACCUGUGCGAGCGCCUGUCCAACAAUGACGGCAACUUCCACUUUGAAUAAACGAUUCAAAAACGAAAGCUUGAUAUGACGGGAGCGAGGAAGAUGGAAUGAAUGAAUGGCAUGAAGCGUUUUUGCUUACGCGUGAUGGAACGGGGAAUGGAACACUUCCUGAUCUAUACCGACCUAGAGUUCGGUCACGCAAUGACUUAGGUAGCUGAUAAUUGAGCUACUUGCCCUGUUCAGGGCUGAAUGAA